CAAAUUUUCUACUGGACAGGUUUUGUUGAAUCUCCCCCAAUGUCCAUCUGACAGUUAUUGAAAAUGUAUGACCUCCUUUUAAGGAAUGUUUACACUGAGGAAAUACCUUGAGGAUCUGCACCGCCCAAAAACGGGGUUAUGUUCAACACUGGCAUCGGCCAGCACAUCCUGAAAAAUCCCCUCAUUGUAAACAGCAUCAUUGAGAAGGCUGCUAUACGACCCACCGAUGUGGUGCUGGAGGUUGGUCCUGGGACAGGAAACAUGACUGUCAAGUUAUUAGAGAAAGCAAAAAGGGUUGUCGCUUGUGAACUUGAUACACGACUUGUUGCUGAGCUUCAAAAGAGAGUCCAGGGCACGCCUAUGGCAAGUAAACUUCAGGUCCUGGUUGGUGAUGUGUUAAAGACUGAUCUCCCGUUUUUUGACUUGUGUGUGGCCAAUUUACCCUACCAGAUUUCCUCUCCCUUUGUUUUCAAGCUGCUUCUUCACAGACCGUUCUUCAAAUGUGCAGUGCUGAUGUUUCAGAGAGAGUUUGCAAUGCGGCUGGUGGCCAAACCAGGAGACAAGCUGUACUGCCGCCUGUCCAUUAACACUCAACUACUGGCUCGUGUGGACCACCUCAUGAAGGUUGGAAAGAACAACUUCCGACCUCCUCCAAAAGUGGAAUCCAGCGUUGUUAGAAUUGAGCCUAAAAAUCCUCCUCCUCCCAUAAACUUUCAGGAAUGGGACGGUUUGGUGCGAAUUGCAUUUGUAAGGAAAAACAAAACCCUUUCAGCAUCAUUUAAGUCCAGUGCAGUCCAGGAGCUAUUGGAGAAAAACUAUAGGAUACACUGCUCCCUCCAUAACAUUGCAAUCCCUGAAAACUUCAGCAUAGCCGAGAAAAUUGAAAAGAUCUUGACAGACACCGGAUUUUGUGAAAAGCGAGCCCGUACUAUGGACAUAGAUGACUUUAUCAGGUUACUUCAUGGGUUUAAUGCCGAUGGAAUCCACUUCUCUUAAAUUAUUUGGAGAUUUUUUCCUACUGUGAUUUUUAAUAUGACUUGUUAAUUGGAUAUUGUAUUUUAUAUAUUAUUUGGUAUCUGCACAGAGGCAGUAACUGGGUGGACGUCAGAUACAAUCAUCAGCCAGUCUGACCUUGGCCAUGUAGAUAAGAGGCAGGAGCUGUCAUUGCUUUAUCUGUACAUAGAGCUUACAUUCUACAGAUUAUAAUAAAAACGUGUAUAUAGUUUAACGUCCGUGUUCUAUAUGCUUGUCAUCUAUUUCUAUAUUAGUUUCAUGCUCUGAAAACACUUUGCUUGCAGUGAGUGUUGUAAUUUUACUGAAAGGAUAACAAUGAAAUGCUUAUGCAGAUCCACUGCUGACAACUGGUGAUGGAUUUAGCUUACCCGCUUUGUGCCCAGAUUAUAGAGAAUCAUUCACCCAUAGAAAUUAAUAGGUCAUUUUCUAACCUCAUUUUUCUUAACCCCUUCCCUCUUUGACAAUUUUUCAUUUUUGCACUUUAGUUUUUUCCUCCUCACCUUCUAAAAAUCAUAACACUUUUAAUUUUCCCCCCUGUAGACCCAUAUGAGGGCUUGUUUUUUGCGCCAUCAAUUUUACUUUGUAAUUCUAUUAAUUUCACCACAAAAUCUACAGCGAAACCACAAAAAAAUUAUUUGUGGGGAAAAUUUUAAAAAAUGUGGUAAUUUUCAGCGGCUUCCGUUUCUACGUAGUGCAGUUUUCGGUAAAAUUGUCACCUUAUAUUCUGUAGGACAACCUUAACUUCAGAAGCUCAUAAGUACUGAAAGGAAUAAGAUUUUUUAAUAGAAGUAACUUACAAAUCUGUUUAACUUUCUGGAGCCAGUUGAUAUGUAUAAAAAAGUUUUUUCCUGGAAUACCCCUUUAACCUCAUUUAUACACAGCGAUCAACUUUGAUCGCUGUGUCUAAAGGCUUAAUGCCGGACAUCAGCCCAAUCGGCGAUGUCCGGCAUCAGCCGUUGGUCCCGGUUUCUUACAGCAACCGGAUAUGAUGCCCGUGUCAUCCUAAAGGUUAGGGGAUAAGAUGUCUGAUUGCGGGGGUCCCCCCACUGGGGACCCCCGUUCAUGAGCUGCGCGGAGCGAAGAUCACGCCCCCUCCCAUAGACUUGCACUGAGGGGGCGGGACGUCACAAUACCCCGGCCACUGUAUCACCCAUCAUCAGCCACGGAGCAAUCUUUGCUCCCUGCAGCUCAUGAACGGUGAAGUGCUGCAGGAGAGAUCACGGAGGUCCCCAGCGAUCAGACAUCUUAUCCCCUAUCCUUUAGAUAGGGAAUAAGAUGUCUGGGGCGGAAUACCCCAGACAUCUUUUGUGGACAGCAUUAAAGAAGGUGUCCAUUCUAAUCUCUCAUUGGCUUUCUGCAGUCCAUGAUCAAUGUGGUACACACCAGAACAUCAAACAGCAAGGUGACUACUCUUCACCCUUUAAAUAGGUGACUGACUGUUUUACAAGUUUAGAGACACCUGUGACCCUAAUUCCAGGACACACCUUAGGUUACCAUGUCCCUGUUACAUAUAUUUCCUGUCUUUUCUAGGCGUACCAUUAUUUUUGUCCAGGCUAGUUUCAUAAAAAUUUCAUUUAAAAGCAAUGUCUGAUUUUCAGUUUAUUUUCAGUAUUUUCAGUAAAUUAUUAUUACUACUUUUGUCGGUUUCAAUUUAAUUCAGUAAGCCUCUUCUCUCUUUAACCCCUUAAGGACCAAGCCCAUUUUCACCUUAAGGACCAGAGUGUUUUUUGCACAUCUGACCACCGUCACUUUAAGCAUUAAUAACUGAUGAUUUUACUUCUCAUUCUGAUUCCGAGAGAGUUUUUUGUUGACCUAUUCUACUUUAUGUUAAUGGUACAUUUCCGUCAAUACUUGUGUCAUUUCUUGGUGAAAAAUUCCAAAAUUUGAUGAAAAAAUUUAACAUUUAGCAUUUUUCUUACUUUGAAAAUGGAUAUUCCAAAUAAAUUAUAUAUUGAUUCACAUAUACAAUUUGUCUACUUUAUGUUGACAUCCUAAAGAUG